GCACUUUUGUUGUAAUGUUUUACCUUGUGUAUAAUGGGAAAGCAUCCAUUUUGAUCUGUAGUUAACAAUCUCGGUUUCGUGUUACGUAGGGUUACAUUGCUUCGUACAAAUGAAAUGCAACGUACGAGAGCUUGCUCAAUUGAGCGAUCGACCUUGCGAGAUAGAAGGAAGAUUGAACUAUAAGAAGAUCUCGAACGGCAGUUACCGCAAUCAGGCAGUGUUCAAAGAAAGAUGGUUUCGUUUAAUUAACAACUAUUUAUUUUACUUUAAAUUAAGUGAAAUGGGAACAUUUGAUUCAAAAAAUCCAGCUGGAGUUUUUGUUAUGGAGAACUCUUCAAUACAAAUGGAACACGGACCAAAUGUUACUUUCUCUUUUUCAAUAUCUUUCAUAGAUGAGCCUGAAAAGAAACAUGUGUUUGCUGCCAGAACUGAGGAUAAUGUUGUGCAGUGGGUAAUAAAGUUGAGGGAAUGCUCUUAUGAAUUCCUCAGAAGCCGGUUACAUACACUGCAAUCAAAAAUUUUUUCUAUCACGGGCAAGGAUCCUCUCUUACUGGUGCCAAGAAACGACGGCGCAUGUUUGUGGGCCCCGGCUAUACCAUUUUCAACAGUACCGGCUUGUACAGUGAGCACAAGUUCCUUCAGUUGCCAUCUGCACACAAACGGCGCAUUUACACUCGAGAGAAGCAAAUCAGACGUCCAAGCUUAUAGGCAUCUCCAUUCUCAUCACAAAAAAACCACAUUCUACACAGACGACAUUAAGCAAAUUGAGAAAAAGGAAAGUCCGAAAAAUUUUGGCUUAGAAAGAAGUAACACGUCAGCCCAAUUCACAGGUAGUGGAAAUUUGGAUAUAUCUAUUUUUGAUAAUAGACCAAAGUAUUCUCGAGCUGCGCCUAGCCCGCCUGUUAGGACUAAGUUGUCACCAAGCAGUCGACGUAUUGAAUUAAGACCUGACGUCAAAAUUCUCGCUGAUCAAAGUAAACAUUUAGCCACAAGUAGUACUUUAGAUGAAGCGCCCAUACCACCUCGAAGAAAAAUUUCGCCAAAAAAUAUAGAAGUCAUAAAUACAGUUACUACUACAGUGACAACAACUAGCAGUAAUGGUCAGGCAGAAGGAGAAGAUUUAAUUAAAUUUUAAUUAUUAUUAUGAUAUCAUAAUCUGAUGAAUUUCCCUCCUAGAUAAUAGGAAAAGCCUUGCUUGUCUAUUGAAACAUUGGGAAAAUGUGUUUAUUAGCUGCGAGAUAUUGAGCUCAAUGUAAGAGAGGAUUUAAUUAUAUUUUAAUCAUUAUUAUGAUGUCAUAAUCUUAUGAAAUUCCCACCUAGAAAAUAGGAAAAGCCUUGCCCGUCUAUAGAAACAUUGUGAUAUCAUGUUUAUUGGCAACGAGAUAAUUCCUUAACUUGAAGUUUCCCAGCACAGUGUUAGAGUAAUUGUUGUAAAAAAAAAACCAAACAUUAAUUUAUAAAUGAAAAAAAAAAUGAUUUUGAAACACCCAAUAACUUUAAAAGCUCGCAGAUCGAAUGAAAAGAAAAUAUAAAUCAUUACUUUGGUAUGAUGUAACGGGCUGGUAUGUGCAACUCGACGUCUGGGCGCCUAUUUUGCGUGUGCAGGGUCCUACUGGUACCACCGGAGCUCGUCCAGUAAUCUCAGCAUCCAAAAGGAUGCUGAAGACUUCGGGAGGCGACCUCGGCAGUCCAAGGUGUACAAGCCAUUGUAGUUUUAGUAGCAGUAAAGCUCCUUGUGAAAGAGUUUAUCCAGGGUAGUACUACCACCUUACCUAUUUCUACCG